CCUGAGGAACUGAAGCAGCUGCGCCUGCAAGCUGAGGAACCAGCCAUUUGUUUAUUCUUAGAUUUGCAUAAAUGCUGUAGAGGAUCAGAGAGAGGGGGGACAAAAAAGACCAUCUGUCACUACAAGCAUUAGCAUAAUGCUGGAAUUAAUUAAACUGGCACUUCUCUCUGUCCUGGCCUCGGUGGCUCUGGGUCAAGGAUCUUUGAGGAGCAGGGUCCUGUCAGACAGAAGCAGAAGAGUGGCCUUUAAUGUGUUCACAGACUCCCAGACAACAGGUGUGACUGAGUGGACGUCUUGGUUCAACAUCGACCAUCCUGGUGGGAAUGGAGACUACGAGCGUCUGGAGGCAAUUCGUUUCUACUACAGGGAGAGAGUAUGUGCGCGGCCUACAGCCAUGGAAGCACGCACGACAGACUGGGUGGCAGCUGCAGACACCGGAGAAAUAGUCCACUCCAGUUUGGAGAAGGGCUUCUGGUGCAUUAACAAAGAACAACCACACGGCCGCAUCUGUUCCAACUACCACGUUCGCUUUCAGUGUCCCCCAGUGCAGAGCUAUUGGACUGACUGGAGCGAGUGGGGCCCCUGUUCAACCACGGUUUGUAAUGAUGUGGGAAUCCAGGUUCGGCAAAGGAAGUGUGUCAGCUCUCAGGCCAUGCCUCUCCUGUUUGUUCCAGCCUGUCAGGGCCACCAUUCAGAAAGGAGGGAGUGCUCCACCCCUCCAUGUACAGCCAAGUGGGGUCCAUGGGGUCGCUGGGGGAUGUGUUCAGUGACCUGUGGUGGAGGUCGCAGGACUAGGAGACGGACCUGCAUAAGGGCCUCAGUAGCAGUUCAGUGUAAAGGACGGCCUGUUGAAGUACAAAAAUGUGGAAAGGAUCUAUGUCCAGCAAAAUGCCAGCUUGUAUGCACUGAAGGCCGUCCCAGUGAGGACUGCAGCCGCUGUGUGUGCGAGGGCCAUGUUCUGCGUGGGGACGUCCGCAGCGUGACUGGAGUCCCUGUGGCUGGAGCCAGCGUGGCUCUGGCCAGCCAUCCCAAAGCCAUUCGUGCUCGUACAGAUGCCCAGGGGAAGUUCAGGUUCACCGGAGUCUGUGCCUCCAACUCAACAUUGAUCACCAUCAGUAAAGAAAAGUUUGCCCCAGUCACUGUUUCUACAUCCAGUAACAUUACAGGCUUGUCCUGGUUACAGACCGUCCUCAGAUCAGCCGAAAAGCCAUACAUUGUGAAGCACCCAGAGGACAAAGUGCGCUAUGAGGGAGGACGGGUGCUGUUGUGUUGCACUGCAACGGGAUCACCAGCACCUGACAAAUAUUACUGGUACCACAAUGGAACACUGCUGGACAGGAAGGUGUAUAAGUAUAAGGAGGAUCUCGUACUGCGAGAUCUGAAGCCUGAGCAGUCAGGAGAGUAUUUCUGCAAAACCAGCAGUCCUGCAGGCAGCAUCAAGUCCUCUCCAGCUCUCCUGACUGUGAUCGCUAAAGGAACACCAGCAUGUAAUUCUACACCUGAAACACACUUCAUCAGACUGCCGAUGGACUGUGUUCAACCAGGAACUGACUCCAAGUACUACAACGCUGCCCGCUGCCCUCACAACAAAUGUGCUGGUUCGCUUGACUUUGAUAUGCGUUGCAGAGAUGGAGAAGGAUUCUGCUGUGGGGUCCAGCAGAUGGAGAGUCAAGUUAUUGACUGCGGUAUCUACAGUCUUCCAAUCCGAGCUGUAACACAAUGCAGUUGCCAGAAGUGCGUGCAGCCGACUGUGUUUGUUCGUGGCAGAGUCGUCACAGCUGAUAAUGAUGAGCCUCUGCGUUUUGGGCACAUCUACAUUGGUAAAGAAAGAGUAGGCACGACUGGAUACCAAGGAGGCUUCACUUUGCAAAUUACUCCUGAAACUCAUAGGUUAGUGGUUAAUUUUGUUGACCCAACUCAGCGGUUUCUUGAUACUCCAAAAGUGUUUAUCUUUGACAAGAAAGGUGGAUCCAUCUAUCAUGAUGUGAAAGUGAUGAGAAAGCAGACACCUAUUGAUAUCAAUGCUGGAGAGACCAAUUUUAUUGACUUAGGAGAAAUUAAAGGAGAGGAUCCAAUAGGACAACUGGUCAUUCCUGCCAAUUCUUUUCAUAAAGACAAUGGAGAUGUUUAUGAGGGGACUGUUAAAGCCAGUGUCACAUUUAUUGACCCAAGAAACAUCACUACAGCAGCUGCAACUCCUGGUGACCUGAACUUUGUGGACAAUGAGGGUGAUAUGCUCCCUUUGAGGACCUAUGGCAUGUUUUCUGUGGACUUUAGAGAUGAUGCCAACAAGGAGGUACUUGGAGCUGGAGCAGUUCAAGUCCUCCUAGACACACAGCAUGUUAAAAUGGAAGAGCACAUACCCAAAAUGAAGCUCUGGUCUUUAAACCCAGACACUGGGGUUUGGGAGGAGGAGAGUGACUUCUCCUACAGCACAACAACUGGAGGUGGCCAUGGACGGAGCAAGCGUGAGGAGCGCACAUUUCUCAUUGGUAACAUGGAGAUUAGAGAACGCAGACUCUUCAAUUUAGAUGUGCCUGAAAACAGGCGCUGCUAUGUCAAAGUCCGUGCAUACAUGAGUGACAAAUUUCUACCUGCUGAACAACUGGAGGGUGUUGUAAUCAGUUUGAUAAACUUGGAGCCCAAACCUGGCUAUUCAUCUAAUCCUAGGGCAUGGGGACGCUUUGACAGUGUCAUAACUGGACCCAAUGGAGCCUGUUUACCUGCUUUCUGUGAUGCCUUGAGGCCCGAUGCUUACACAGCUUAUGUUACAGCAAUGCUAGGUGGAGAAGAGCUGGAGGCAGCUCCUUCCGCCCCAAAGAUGAAUCCAAACAUCAUUGGAGUCUCUCAGCCCUACUUAGAUAAAAUAGAUUACCAGCGGUCAGAUCACGAGGAUCCAGCUCUUAAGAAAACAGCCUUCAGAAUCAAUUUAGCAAAGCCUAACCAAAACAAUCUUGAUGAAACUAAUGGACCCAUAUAUCCAUAUCAGAAUUUAAUAGGUUGUGAAAAUGCACCUGUGGAUGCAAAUCAUUUUAGAUUUUUUAGAGUGGAAAAGGACAAAUAUGAAUACAAUGUUGUUCCCUUUGAGGAGAAUGACUUGACAACCUGGACAGGAGACUACCUCUCUUGGUGGCCAAACCCCCAGGAGUUCAGAGCAUGCUUCAUCAAAGUCAAGAUUCAUGGACAAAAGGAGGUGAUGGUCAGGUCGAGGAAUCUAGGAGGAACACAUCCACAGACAAAAGGCCAACUUUAUGGCAUUAGAGACAUUCGGAGUACUCGUGACAUGCGAGAGGCCAACACCUCGGCUGCCUGUCUUGAAUUCAAAUGUAGUGGCAUGCUCUUUGACCAAGCAGAGGUGGACAGAUCCCUAAUAUCAGUUUUUCCACAGGGCAACUGUCGCAGGAUUGGUAUCAACAGCCUCCUACAAGAGUAUCUCAUUAAACACCCACCGGUUGCUCAAAAUAAUGAGACACACGCAUUUUCCAUGUUAGCUCCUGUUGAUCCUUUGGGACACAACUACGGCAUUUACACAGUCACAGACCAGAACCCCAGGGUGGCCAAAGAGAUUGCGAUUGGGCGCUGCUUUGAUGGCACCUCAGACGGUUUCUCCAGAGAGAUGAAAUCAGACUCUGGGGUGGCACUGACCUACAGUUGUCCUGUGAGGAAAAUUAACAGGGAAAGUCUUUUCCAGCGUCUGCAGACUAACCCGGGUCAAACAUUGUCUCAGAUAGCGAGGGAGAUGAGGGAGUUGCAGGGUCAGCAGGUGCAGAGAUCAUCCACCCAGGUGGUGGCUUAUCCUUCAGAGCAGCAGGGCAGGACCCAGAGUCGUAGAGUUAGCUCUACACCCAGGAGAAGAGCAUCUGUGAGAGCACAGCAGCGCCAAUAGAUGCACCAAGAUGUAAUGAACGGAGACUGACACAAUGGCAUCAAGUCCAGAGAGUAAAAGCUGUCUGAUGAGAAGUGGAUAUUCCCUUUUGACUAUGAAAAUCACAAAACUAAGACAGACAGCAAGAUAUUCAUUACUCUGAUAAUAACUUGAAUUGAAUGAAUUUCUUUCCUCUCUUUAAAAGGCAAGUAUCAAUUGUCUAUUUACUCAGAGACUGACAUUUAUUUAAUUGGUCUUGUUCUUAUCUUAUGAAUGACUAUACAAUGUUGGCCAUUAACAAUGGAGCUUCACAGAUCUUAUAUGUGGUCUUCCACCUUUGUUGACAUGUAUCUCUUUUGGAGUCAACUCCAAACCUUCAAAUACAGUCAACACCACGGUAGGCCCUGGACGCUUAAUAAAUAAUCAAUACUUUCCAAUGAAAUCAUACUUUUAAAGAUGUGAAAGAAAGCAACAUGAAGUCCAUCAUCUUCUGCAAUGGAUACUGAGCCCUUUUUCUACAUACUGAGACACUCUCCACCUAGGAAAGGCACAUUCAAAACAGACAGUAAGGCAUGCUAGCCAAGGAAUCGAGGAUAUUUUCAUUAAGUUAAUAUUAUUGAUUAGCUUGCCAAAUUGCCAACUGUGAUUCAUUUAAGUACAUCCUUCCAUACCAACUUAACAUGUGCAAAACCAAAAUUGUCACCAAGACAAGAAUGGAUCACACUUGUAGCUGGCAGUCUAAAAUUAAAAUAAUUGAUAGAGAGGUAAGAAAAAAAUGUCCUUUUCCUCUGAACAUUCCAUAAAUAAAUAAACAAAUAAAAAUAAAAAAGUUAUCCAAACAAUGUACUCCUCCCCAGUGUUACAUAUUCACAGCAAAAGGCUCAUUCAGGGUUUAAGAAUGAACUUUGUUUUUGUUGUUUGGUAAUGUGUUUGUGAGCUCUUUGUAUUUUGAAGUGCAAUAAUUAUAAUUAAACUUGAGAAUAAUUCAAAUUCAGCAUGCCCCUAACUCUUACAGUACAUGUAAAAUGCUACUGGUGAAUGAAACAACUGUCAUUAUACAGUGAUGCUUGAAAGUAUGUGAACCCAUAUGAGCUUUCUAUGUUUUUGCAUAAGUUUGACCUUCAUCACACAAGUUCUUUCAGAUAAGUCCAAUAAGUAAUGUUAAACUGUAUUUAUUUAUGGUGGAAAUGAUCAAUGAUGCACAAAUGUGAGUGGAAAAAGAAGCGUCACCACUUUGUGCUGGAAAAACUGUAAAGAAACAUCAGUUUGGAAUAUCUGUAGAAAUAUAAUGUUUUGUUUUUCUUUUUGAAGGGUUAAUGAACUUUCAAACACCGAACUGGGCAGCAGGUAUUGUGCUUAUGGAGUUCAUGAGAGAUCUUGCACAGGACUCAUUUUAUGUGAUUUUCAGCCAAUAAUUGUGCUUUGUAAUCAUUCUUUGACUCUUCAACCUUUAAUGCUUAACUCAGCAGAUUUUACAAGUUUGUCCACAUUAUUUCUUUUAGUUUCUGAACAUAAUCUUGCUAAUAGCUUGGUUAGUCUAUUUUUCUAUAAAUCUGGUCUAUGUAACACUGUAAGUGACAAUGUCCACACAUAAAUUAUAAAUGUUUGCAAGUACUCAGAUUGGCAGAUUGUUUGAUUGCUUUGCUAUUUUAAAUGGAGUCAGUAAUAGGCACAAAGUUCACUUGGCAUUAAAAGCUUGGAACAUAUUUGCCUGCAACAUGGGCUUUGGCAGCCCCAUAGAAGAGGCUGUUCUAGCUCAACUAAUUCAUAUUCAAAUCCAAAAGAGGCACUGUGGUCCAUGGAGACACCAGGAGAGCUUGCAAGUAAAUAUAAGCUUAAAACUAAAUAGAUCCAGACUUCCACACACAGCUAAGCAUGUUAAUUUUCAGUAAACUAAUCCUAGUAAUCAACAACAAGUACAAUCUGUAACACCUUAACCAUUUUUGCUGACUUCUCCAAACACAGGCCUGUAUAGAGUGAGGUUGUUGAGUCAUCUAGGUUAAAAGAAAAAAAACCAAAAAAUCCCAGCUGCAUAUGCAGCAUCCAUCCAGUAAGAAAGAUGGUGAUUGAAUCCAGGUGUCGGAAGAGAUAAGGCCUCUAAAAAUGCAAUGAUGUCUGAGGUCAGAUGAGGGGACUCAACAGAUGUAGCACAAAUAAAGGAAAUGUUAAACCACAGACUUCAGAGAAAAGCGAAUUGAGAUUGUCUGCUGAUGGAUUUAAUCAUUCCAGACUACAGUUUGGCAGAAGGAAAAAAAUAAUGGGGAAUGUUAGUGGUAUUAGGCCUCACAGUCUGAGAUUUAUAGAAUCUCCAGCUUCAAAAGUGUUUGCAGAUGAAGGAAUGCAGCAUUUCUUCUGAGAAUACUUUAACUGGAGAACUGGAUUAUUCAUGAGGAGAGUUUAUCAGGAGUCCCUGAAUGACAAGGAAACAAUAACAGCUUAAGUAAACUAUUAUGUAAGGCUUUGCUUGAGAAACUUAUCUGUGCUCUAUAAAUAGUUAUUUUGUCUUUGGAGAACCUCAAAGGAGAUUAAAAAAAAAACCUCUGCAAUGUUGAUUUAAUGACUUGAGAAAGUUUCAGAAGCCUUUUACAUCAAAUGAAGAGAAUUUAAGUCUGAAUCCAACAUUGCAUUAUUAAUCGCUAAAGGGAAGGGAAUGUGCAUCUCAUUAGUAGCAAUGCUUUAUUUUUAAAAAGUGUAAAUAUAAGCAUGGCUUCAUGAAGCUUAAUGAAUUUUUCUUUUAUGCUCUUUAUUAAUCAUUUAAUGUUUGGGAAACAAAGCAAUAAUUGUUUUGUGUCAUAAGUAAGUUGUGAAGAUCAAGAACAGAUUUAUUCUGUCAGUUAAGAUGAAUUAUAAGUACUGCAAACACUUUGUACAUAAGUUACCUUCAAAGAUAUGUUUUGCAAAUGUUGCCACUUUUGCAAAGAACCAAGUUUGGGAAAGUAUUUUAAAAAGUCCAAAAUUAAUUGGCUAUGUGCUGCAGUUUUAGUAGGUUUAGUAGUGUGUAGUUUCAGCUUUUAACUCUGCAGCUGGGUACUACGAAGCAGUAUUUGAGGCAAGUUAACUUCAGGGUCAACCCUGGAUUUUCACUUCAGUUCACUUCUUAGUGAACAAGCUUUGUUCACUAAUGUGCUGGUUCCUUUGACUUAGUGGGUUGUAUCACAGUGGGAAAACUUCUCUGGGACACAUAAAGUGCAACAUCUAAUCAAUUAAUUCAGAAAAAAAAUUAAAAAGGACAUCAAUUCAUGGACAGUGAGAUAACUUUCACUUAAAGCAAUUUCAUAAGACAGAUAGCAGCAGAGAAUACUGAGUAUAAAUAGCUCAGCAUCUAAUAGAUUAAGACUAAAACUUCCUCACGCGCUGAAAUAAUACACCUUCAGCUAAUCCAUUUGAUAAAAUACAUAGAUUAUUCUGCUUUAAUGAUGAUGCUGUGAUAUUGAUCUGAUUCAUUUACAAAUUCAUAUGUUGUUUUAUUUUUUAUUCUUUCCUUCCUGCUUCACAGGUGUAUUGCUUUUAAUGGCCAUAUAUGAUUGUGAUUGGGAGUGUGUGAGUUGAUAACCAGCGACAUAGUACCAUUUAGCGAGAUCAAUUCAAUUCAAUUCAGUUCAGUUCAGUUCAGUUCAAUUCAAUUCAAUUCAAUUCAAUUCAAUUCAAUUCAGUCAGUAUUCAUUAAAAAAAUAAUAGCCUCUCUAAGAAAACCAAGAUAUGCAUUAAAACUUGACUUUUAUUCUACACCCCCAUCAUGAGCAAGCUAGGGCCAGCAGGUGACUGCUGCAAUCUCCAUUGUUAGGUUUAAAUCAGAACACCCAAAGGUACCCUGGAUUUGCUGAACCUGCUUCAUAGCACAGGUCUCUGAUCAGAAUAAUAAAAUGACCACAAACCCUUUGCAUCUUUUCUGUGGCGGCACAUAACAUCUUCAUAUUACAUGCUAGCAUUGCUGUGGUGGACACACAAAUUCCCUGUUUCAAGUCAGUUACGCAGACUGACAAAAGUUCUCACUUAAAGGUAAAAUGAUGAAUCACCACAGCCGUCUCAAUAAGGAGAUCAGGGUUUGUCUCCCUUGAGAUUUGCUUGUAAAAAUAAUUGUUUCAUCAUUCAAGGUUUUCAGGAGUAAAAUUGUUAUCAGUCACAAAUUGGUUAUAAGUUUAGCUAACAAAACAAUGUUGUUAAAUUGGUUGAGAAUGAUCAACCUCAUCAGGAAAAUGACAAUAAAAAUAGGAGCCCAUUAUUAUGAUGGGAUGAAUGAGGUCCAUGUAAAAACAAUGUUCUUUCAAAAGCCUGUGGAGGGACCCAUCACCAUGGUGACUAAAACUGUAGAGAGAAGCUAGGUACCUAAUGCUAUGUGCUGCCAUCACAUAAUGCAGUAUUAAAACUGACCUAGCUGUUUUUUGAUUAAAUAUUAAGUACACAUAUUUACCAAAAUAUUGGGAGCAUUUUUUUACUACACUUUGUUAUUAUUACAGUUGUUGCUGUACUGAAGUAUUUAGUGCUUAGAAACGAGUGGAUGCUCAGAUUUACUGGAUUAAUUUAUAAUCUUUGGGGACAACAUUGUCCUUACAAAAUCUCCUCAUAGUCCUGAAGAAUCUUUUAUUUCUUGGAAAGCCAUUUGAAAUACAGAUGCAUUGCACCACACUCGAGGCAGAGCGGCCUCUCUAACAUUUGAUUUAUAUCACAGGAAACAUCUAAAUAUGCAGGACUGAGAUGAACUAAAAUGCUUUAAAUGUUUAAAAGGUAUUAGUGAAGUUGAUCUCUUUUAUAAACUAUAAAUCAUUUUCCAUUUGUGUCACAGUCAUGGUCUCAUUUGAUUUGAAAGCAGAAAAGCAAAAGUCUGAAUCUAUUAGAGAUGUACAGCAUUCAUAAGAAAUUUACAGAUUGUCUGAUCUCGCCUUUGUACAAUCCAGGUGGUCUGUAAUGAACGAACUCUUGACAAUAUUCUAACACAUAAUCAUUGCAUGGUAAUGAUGAGCGCUCAUUCUGAAUUAUGAUUUUAUGUGUAAAUUGCGUACUGUACUGAAUCUGCUAUAAUUAUAUGAACAAAAAAUUGUAAAUAAAAGAUUUUGUGUAAACUUUUUCAUUGAUAUAUCUCUAAAUUAGAAAUUCAG